UCGCCAUGCCCUACCUGCUGCCGGGAUUCUUCUGUGACCGCGUGAUCCGAGAGAGGGACAGGAGGAAUGGAGAGGGCACCGUCACACAGCCCAUCAAGUACGAGGGGCAGGACUUUGUCGUCCUCAGACAGCGCUGUCUGGCUCAGAAGUGCCUCUUCGAAGACCGUGUGUUCCCAGCAGGUGUUCAGUCCCUGGGCGCCCAUGAGCUGAGCCAGAAAACCAAGAUGAAGGCCAUCACUUGGAAAAGGCCACAGGAAAUUUGUGAGAACCCCCGAUUUAUCAUUGGUGGAGCCAACAGAACCGACAUCUGUCAAGGAGACCUAGGGGACUGCUGGUUUCUCGCAGCCAUCGCCUGCCUGACCCUGAAUGAGCGACUGCUUUUCCGCGUCAUCCCCCACGAUCAGAGUUUCACCGAAAACUACGCAGGGAUCUUCCACUUCCAGUUCUGGCGCUAUGGAGACUGGGUCGACGUGGUCAUUGACGACUGCCUGCCAACGUACAACAAUCAACUGGUUUUCACCAAAUCCAACCACCGCAAUGAGUUCUGGAGCGCUCUGCUGGAGAAGGCUUAUGCUAAGCUCCACGGCUCCUACGAGGCUCUGAAAGGUGGGAACACCACCGAGGCCAUGGAGGACUUCACAGGAGGGGUGACGGAGUUUUUCGAGAUCAAGGACGCUCCGCGGGACAUGUACAAGAUCAUGAGGAAAGCCAUCGAGAGAGGCUCCCUCAUGGGCUGCUCCAUCGAUACCAUUGUUCCGGUCCAGUAUGAGACGAGAAUGGCCUGUGGGCUGGUCAAAGGUCAUGCCUACUCCGUCACUGGGCUGGAGGAGACCCUGUUCAAAGGCGAGAAGGUGAAGCUGGUGCGGCUGCGGAACCCCUGGGGCCAGGUGGAGUGGAACGGCUCUUGGAGUGAUGGCUGGAAGGACUGGAGCUUUGUGGACAAAGACGAGAAGGCGCGCCUGCAGCACCAGGUCACCGAGGACGGCGAGUUCUGGAUGUCCUACGACGACUUCGUCUUCCAUUUCACAAAGCUGGAGAUCUGCAACCUCACGGCCGACGCCCUGGAGUCAGACAAGCUGCAGACCUGGACGGUGUCCGUGAACGAGGGCCGCUGGGUGAGGGGCUGCUCCGCCGGGGGCUGCCGCAACUUCCCAGACACUUUCUGGACCAACCCCCAGUACCGUCUGAAGCUCCUGGAGGAGGAUGAUGACCCCGAGGACUCCGAGGUCAUCUGCAGCUUCCUGGUGGCCCUGAUGCAGAAGAACCGGCGGAAGGACCGGAAGCUGGGGGCCAACCUCUUCACCAUCGGCUUCGCCAUCUAUGAGGUUCCCAAAGAGAUGCACGGGAACAAGCAGCACCUGCAGAAGGAGUUCUUCCUGUACAACGCCUCCAAGGCCAGGAGCAAGACCUACAUCAACAUGCGGGAGGUGUCCCAGCGCUUCCGCCUGCCCCCCAGCGAGUACGUCAUCGUGCCCUCCACCUACGAGCCCCACCAGGAGGGGGAGUUCAUCCUGCGGGUCUUCUCGGAGAAGAGGAACCUUUCUGAGGAAGUUGAAAACACAAUCUCCGUGGAUCGCCCAGUGCCACUCCCCGGCAACACUGACCAGGAAAAUGAGGAGCAACAGCAGUUCCGGAACAUCUUCAAGCAGAUAGCAGGCGACGACAUGGAGAUCUGUGCAGACGAGCUCAAGAACGUCCUUAACACAGUGGUGCACAAACAUCAGGACCUGAAGACACAAGGCUUCACGCUCGAGUCCUGCCGCAGCAUGAUCGCUCUCAUGGAUACUGAUGGCUCUGGAAGGCUGAACCUGCAAGAGUUCCACCACCUGUGGAAGAAGAUAAAGGCCUGGCAGAAAAUCUUCAAGCGCUAUGACACGGACCAUUCUGGCACCAUCAACAGCUAUGAGAUGCGAAAUGCUGUCAAAGACGCAGGGUUCCACCUCAACAGCCAGCUCUACGACAUCAUCACCAUGCGCUACGCGGACAAGCACAUGAACAUCGACUUCGACAGCUUCAUCUGCUGCUUCAUCCGGCUGGAGGGCAUGUUCAGAGCUUUCCACGCAUUCGACAAGGACGGAGACGGUGUCAUCAAACUCAACGUGCUGGAGUGGCUACAGCUCACCAUGUAUGCCUGA